UUACCUGAGAGCCAGAUGUUUGUGUAGCGGGCGCUCUGCUCAGGCUCGCUGCUGAUCAUCAUGAUUCGGUUUCUGCUGUGUGUCCUGUGCCUUCUUCUGACCGCCUCGGGGAAAUCUAUACAGCUGGACGAGGAGAACCCGGAGUUUUGGAGAACUCAGGCUCGGGCGACACUAAACUCGGCUCUCAGGAGAAAACUCAACACUAAUGUUGCCAAAAACAUCGUUCUGUUCCUCGGAGACGGAAUGGGCGUUACCACAAUCACAGCUGCGCGAAUACUGAAAGGCCAACUGGAGGGACGUCCAGGAGAGGAGACGGUGAUGAACAUGGACACGUUCCCUUACGUCGGUCUCUCUAAGGUGUAUACAGUAGACUUUCAGAUCCCGGACAGCAGCUCCACAGGGACAGCGUAUCUCUGCGGUGUGAAGACGAAUCUGAACGUUGUGGGUUUGAGUGCUGCUGCGCGGAACGGUGUGUGUCGCUCACAGACAGGAAAUGAGGUCACGUCCAUCCUCAAAUGGGCAAAAGAUGCAGGGAAGUCAAUCGGCAUAGUAACAACAACACGUGUACAACACGCCACUCCGGCGGCUGCAUAUGCCCACAGUGCCAGCAGGAAGUGGUACAGCGACGCUGACAUGCCCGCCAUGGCCAAAAGAGACGGCUGCACCGACAUCGCCUCCCAGCUCCUCUCCAACACCGACAUUGAUGUGAUUAUUGGCGGUGGCCGUAAGUAUAUGACUCCUAAAGGUACGCCAGACCCUGAGUAUCCCACGGACCCGUCCUCAGCCGGCGUGAGAGAAGACAACCGCAACCUCAUAGACGAGUGGAUCAACAUGAAGAAGGGAAAGGUGGCUCGCUACGUCUGGAAUAAGACAGAGUUUGAUGCCGUGGAUCCCGAGACCACCGACUACCUGAUGGCCCUGUUUGAGCCCAGUGAUCUGAGGUUCGAGGUGGAGAGAGACCCGCUCAUGGAUCCCUGCAUCACGGAGACGACUGAGAAAGCCAUCCGCAUCCUACAGAAGAACCCCAGAGGAUUCUUUCUCCUGGUGGAGGGUGGACGCAUCGAUCAGGGACACCAUGCCAGUCGUGUCUCUAUGGCACUGCAUGAAACCGUCGCACUUGACAACGCCGUCGCCCGGGCACUAGAGCUGACCAAUGAGGAAGAGACGCUGAGCAUCGUCACUGCUGACCACUCCCACUCGCUCUCAUUUAACGGGUACCCCUUCAGGGGCAACAGCAUCCUGGGUAAAUCUCCUGUCUUUGGGACGGACAUGCUCCCCUAUACCACUCUGAUGUACGGAAACGGUCCUGGACACAAAAUCAUCAACAACAAGCGGCCGGACAUCCGGAAAGUGGACACAAAGAGUAAGGACUACGUGCAGUACGCGGCGGUUCCUCUCGACACGGAGACUCACGGUGGCGAGGACGUGGCCGUGUUGGCUCGAGGCCCUAUGGCUCAUCUGUUUCAGGGGGUUAAUGAGCAGAGCUACAUCGCUCACGCCAUGGCUUACGCAGCCUGCGUGGGAGCCAAUCAGAACCACUGCUACACUGCCCGCAGCCCCGCCCAUGCCACGCCCUGAUUCAACAUAACCAGUUUAAUUCAUUUUUCUGAUUUAUUAAUCACAGUUUGUUAAGUCUCUAUUUUUCUUCAAAUCAGUAAACAUUCUUUAUUU